AUGCAGAAGCAGCUCUCUGUGAUGGAGGAGAUGCGUCGCAACCAGGCUUUGUGCGACGCCGUGAUCCGCGUGCAGGGCUCGCUAUUCAACGUGCACAAAGUCAUGAUGUGCUGCUGCAGCCCUUUCUUCAAAGCGUUGUUCUCCAGCUGGUCCACUCCAGACAACAACAUUUUCGACAUCCCAAUCGUCUCUGCUGAAGCGAUGGGUGCUUUCAUUCAGUUCGCCUACACUGGGAAAGUUCAAAUAACCAAGGACAACAUUGACGAGUUGUUUAUCGCGGCCGAUUGCUUCUGUGUGGAUGGAUUAGUCGAAGAAUGCUGCAGAAUAAUGGUCGAAACCCUUUCUCCGGACAAUUGUCUCAAAACCUGGUGGUUAACGGAAAAGUACUAUUACCCCACGAUGAGAAAUAGGGUGUUUUCCUACAUCCUGGGACACUUUGAGGAGGUGGCGGCGCAUCCCAGCUUCUUACAGCUCUCUCUGGAAGAUCUGAUGCAAUUCAUUCAAAGCGACGUCCUGAAAGUUCACAAAGAGCAAGCAGUGUUCGAAGCGGUCCUCCUCUGGAUCAGCCACCAGCCGCAAGACAGCCGCGAGCUUAUUGAAAAGACCCUGCCACAAAUCCGUCUGGCUUUCAUGGACACGCAGUACUUUUCUACACAUGUCAUGCAGAACAAGCUCAUCCAACAAUCUCGCGGAUGCAAUGCUUACCUGAUUCAGGCCAUGAAGCAGAUGCUGGACUAUAGCCAUGGCUACACCUCCAGCUCAUCCACCAACGGGGCCCAGAUCCAGCCCAGAGUGCCCCGGACCGUGCUUAUGGCCAUUGGCGGUUGGAACAUCAUCGAUCCCACAAACGCCAUUGAAGUUUACAACAGCCACACAAAACGCUGGGUUCGUAUCGCCAACCCGGACCGGACCCUGCGCGCCUACCACGGAGUCGCCUUCCUCGACGGCUUCGUCUACGUGAUCGGAGGUUUUGACGGCGUGGAGAAGUUUAGCACCAUGCACAAAUACAGUCUGGACUCGCAGACCUGGGAAGAGGCCGCCCCCAUGCAUUCGAGCCGCUGCUACGUCAGUGUUGUGCAUCUGGACGGUUUGAUCUACGCCAUCGGAGGCAGAGAUGACGAGGGCCGGCUUAAAACGGCGGAAAGAUACAGUCCCCAGUUCAACCAGUGGACGAUGAUCGCCUCUAUGCACGAGCGGAGGAGCGACGCGGGCGCUGCCGGCCUAAAUGGAAAGAUCUACAUUUUUGGAGGCUAUGACGGCGAUGACCCCUUGUUUACGGCUGAAAGCUACAAUCCUGAGAACGACCAGUGGUCCGUGAUCUCCCCCAUGACGAAUUUCCGCAGCGGUCUCAGCGCGGUCGCAAACGCCGGGGAGAUCUAUGUUGUCGGAGGUUUCAAUGGCUUGUCCCGGCUGAACACAAUGGAAGUCUAUAACCCCAGGACGGACAGCUGGCGUGUCGGGCCCCCCCUGCUGACCCACCGCAGUAACUUCGGAAUGGCCGUGUUGAACGAUGAGAUGUUUGUGGUCGGAGGCUACGACGGCUUCAACACCAUCACUUGUGUGGAGAAGUUCACCUUCAAGACCGGGCUGUGGUCCUGCGUCAGCGACAUGUCGGUGUCCCGCUCGGCCCUCGCCUGCUGCGUCGUGAGCGACCUUCCCAACAUGGACGCCUUCUCUGGCCACGCCCCCUCGUUGCAUUCAGGCUCCUUGUGA